ACUACUAGUUCAUAAUUAGAUAACUUUGUCGGAAUUAAUGUAGCUUUGUCCGAAUCCAAAGUAAAGAAGCUUCCCUGGAAGCUUCCUGCAUGCAUCCGUACCGACUGAAAUUGACCAUUCUCGUGCUUUUUUAUAUUUCAAAACAGAAAAAAUUGAUCACAUCAGAUUACGAGGAAGAUCAUCAGGCAGAGAGUUUCAUUCAACAAAAAUAUAUAUAAAUCGAGUGCUCGGUCAUCCAAAAUUCAAAGCAAUUGCAACUCAGAGAAUCAAAUCAAAUCAAAUCAAAUCGCGAAGAAGAAAUGUCAACAAUGGAGAUUGAGGAAGUAAGCAGCUACCAAACGCUGCCGCUUCUGUCACUGAAUCACGUCUCGUUGGUGGUUAGAUCCGUCUGGACUUCCCUCAGAUUCUAUGUCGAUGUUCUGGGCUUCACUAUCAUCAAACGCCCUUCUUCCUUCAAAUUCGUUGGAGCUUGGUUGUAUAAUUAUGGUAUUGGCAUCCAUUUGAUUGAGAGCGAAACCGUUGAUGAAUUCCCAAUUGAACCCCGUCCCAUUAAUCCUAAAGAUAACCAUCUUUCCUUCCAGUGCACUGAUGUGAAUCUGGUGAAGAAGAGGCUGGAGGAGAUGGGAAUGAAAUACGUGACGGCAAUAGUGGAGGACGAAGGGAUCCAGGUGGAUCAGGUCUUCUUCCAUGACCCGGAUGGCUACAUGAUCGAAAUCUGCAACUGCGAGAAUAUCCCUAUCCUUCCCGUUUCCACCUGCCCGAUCAAGCCCAAUUUCGGACCCGCCACCGCCUACGUUGACGACAAGGUGGCAACGUCGGUGGCCGUGGCCGUGGCGGCGACGGGGAUCAAGUGUGGGCUGGUUCUUGAGACCAUGAUGAUGGACAACUUGACCAUGGAAAUGCUCAAUUUUGCUUUCUGAAAAAGUUGUCAAUUAAUUGGCAACAUUUCAUUCCAUUCGAUUGGCUUUGCCUCCAUGCCCAUGCAUGCACAGUCCUAUACACAUAUAUCUCCAAAACCCUCGAGAGUGAAUAUAUACAUAUCUAUGCUACAAACGCAUCCUGAUCAGGUCCUCUUGUUCCAUUCAAAGUGUGCUUAUUUUUGUAUCUCUUGCUAUUAUAUAUUUGGAUGUAUAAAACGUUCAGACUUUUGUAUUGUGUAUUCGUGGAAAACAGAAUAAUUUGAUUUUUGGAGAAGGGAUUUUUCGCCAUCAUAUCUUAUUAGUCCAAUCAAAUUUACUGUUAAUGGGACUGAAUUGAUUCUUCCUUUUUUCUUUUUCUUUUUCUUUUUAAGACUAAGAUUGGGAAUGCAAAAUCAGUAUAGUGCAGGAUAAUUGUGAUUAACAGUUGGUAUGGUUUCUGAUUAUCGGUUCAUUUCGGGGGUGAAUUUAUUGUUUAAACAUCAAAUUCUAAUAUUUUAGAAUCAACUCAUUCUUUUCCCAUUUUAUAAAAGAAAAUUUUGUUUGGGUUUUCCUUUUUUCCCAGUUUUCCCUUUUGUAUUCUGAAAUUAACGAAAACCCUAAAUUACCUAUGUAUACAUGAAUUUCAGACUCAACAUGGGAGCAUGAACACCG